AUGCCGACGAUGAACGAACCUGUUGAGAGCGACAAGCUGCGCCGUCAGGAGGAAGGUAUGCACUCUGUUUCGGCGCGAGACACUCACGUCGGGCAGGUUACGGGCGUUGGCGGGGAGAAGGUGAGCGCCAUCCGCGAUGGCAACGCGAUACUACGCUUUCUUGUUGGCCUCGAGAGCCGCAUCGACAAGCUCUCUGCGUUUGAGGCCAUGGGCAUUGAGCGAGUUCCUGACGAGCAGCGUCGGCCUCCUCAGAGACUGAAUGUGAGAGACAAUACACCUGGGUGCAAGCACCAUCACAACUCGACCCCCGCUGAUGUCGCUCUCCAAACAGAUGCUUCUCUUCUGGUUCUCCGUGCUCCUCAGCCCUACUCUUAUACCAAUUGGCAUGCUGGGCCCGAUACUCGGCCUCUCAGUCAACGUGUCCAUCGUCCUGACCAUCACGGCCACCAUCGUGGGCUCCGCCGUGCCCGCCUUCACAGCGACUCUGAGCCCGCCCACCGGCCUGCGCCAGAUUGCAGUUGCCCGCUACUCUCUGGGCCUCUGGGGCGCAAAGCUCUCAUCGUGGGCGGCCAGCUGCUGCGCGCCGUCUCGGGCGGCGGCCUCCCCUUGGCGGUCGGAAUCGUCGUCGUCGUCGCCGUGUCCUUUGCCGUGUCCUUCUUCGGGUACGCCGCCAUCCACCACUUUGAGCGCUUUGCCUGGCUCCCGGCGUCGGUCCUCCUGUGCGUCCUGUACGGCCAGGCGAGCGCGCAUUUCUCGCCUACUCCUGGAUACGACGUCGGCAUCGGACUCGACUUUAGCGGCGCGUGCUUAACCUACUUUGCCGUGAUAUUCGGCGUAUGCUGCUCGUGGUGUCCGAUCUCUGGAGACUACUACAUCCACUAUCCAGCAUCCACGAGUCCCUGGCUCGUCUUUGGACUGACCUACGCCGGCAUCGUGUUGCCCACCGUCUUUGUCGGUAUCCUUGGCAACUACUUUGGCGGCAUCAUAUCCAGCAGCGAGCAGCUGGGUGCCAUCUACGCAGAAGGGGGUGUCGGGUCGCUCAUACUCGCCGUCAUGUCUCCCCCGACGGCCUGGGCUAAGUUUGCCUGUGUGCUGUUCGUCUUGUCUUUCCGUGAGUACCCGCCGGGCCACAUCCCAUUGCAGCUGGUCGUCAUCAAUGUCUUUGUACUUACUCGGUAUUCGACAGUGGGGGACGUGGUCUGCAACAUCUAUUCAAGCGCGCUAUCUAUGCAACUCUUGGGCAGUCACUUCGUCGCCGUCCCGCGGUAUGCGUGGUGCACGGUGCUGUCCCUCGCGACAUUUGGGCUCGCGUACGGCGGGCGCAACGUCCUGGAGACCAUCAUCAACAACUUGCUCUCGAUGCUGGGCUACUGGACGCUGGCCUUUGCCGCCAUCCUGUUCGUAGAGCACUUUUGGUUCCGGCCGCGCAUCGGUGGCUACGACUUGACGGCCUGGCAGGAUCCCCAGCGGCUGCCGUGGGGACUCGCCGGAACUGCAUCACUUCUUAUUGGUAUCGGGUUUUCAUUCCUCGGCAUGGACCAGACUUGGGUAAGAUCCGUCCGUCCAAAUGCUACGUAA